GUGACUGCACAAGUGGGGGGUUCUUCUCCAGCGCAUCAGCCGAGCAGCCCUCAGUCGCACACAGACCCGACUCGAAACAAGGACUUCAAUUGUCUUCUCGCAUCCCGAGACUGUUCUUUUUCAGGGGAAUAUUCUUUUAUUACUCAGCCUUACUUUUGAAAGUCUUAGUUUUGUUAGUUGUCUAAUUUUUGUUCAUUUCUAAAUUGAAGUCAGAAUGCUGGAUCCACUGGCUGAGUUGAGAAGAACCGGGGGCUUUCGUCAGUGCGGUGGCCGCUUGUCCUGGCAGGUGCGUUUGAUCUUGUACAGCGUGUGCGUGCUGACGGUGAUCAACUGCGCCUGCCUGGUUCUGCUCCUGGUUCAGCAGAGAGAGCUGUGGGCUCAUCUGACUGAGGUGGAGAAGCAGGUGGUGGAGAUCUCUCAGAGCUCCGUGGUGGAGUUUAUGACACAGGUGAACGAAGAUGAGGGAGAGUAUCAGUACUCCAGAAACAAACGCAGAAGGCAGCACCGAGGGACACGACCUUUUGAGGAGCACGAGGGGAGUGUGGGAGAGGAAGUCUUGGGAGAUUUCCAGUAUCAGUAUCCGCAGACGCAUGGGCCGGUUUACCAGCACAAAACAGAGGAGCAGGAUGGAAUGAUGAUGAUGAUGACAUACUCCAUGGUGCCAAUUAAAAUUCUUCUGGACAUUUGCAACAGUACUAAAGGAGUCUGUCUGACUGGACCACCAGGACCACCAGGAAUUCCAGGCUUGCCGGGUGUGGACGGAAUGCCGGGAUAUAAUGGAACAGAUGGAAUUCCAGGGUUGCCAGGAGAGCCUGGAGCACAUGGAAAACGAGGAAAAAGAGGUCCUUCAGGUGAGAAGGGUGAGCCUGGUGAGAGAGGAGAGCAAGGAUAUCCUGGACCCCCAGGACCCCCUGGAGAACAGGGCGAACCUUCAAAUGAUGUCAUUGUAGAGGGUCCACCUGGCCCAAUAGGACCCCCAGGCCUCCCUGGUCCACCCGGCCCUCCAGGGCCCCCUGGGCCUCAAGGGCCACCAAGACACAGGAGCCACAGAGCACAUCUUCAAAUUGGGAAGGAGUCUGUGGGUCACCUUAAUUCAGUCCCAAAUGAUGACACCAUCAGCCAGAAAACUGUCUCAUGGAAGAUAAACGACUGUGUCAUAAAGUCAGUGCAGAACCCCAGACAUCUGAUGAAGAUGAGCAGCACGUUUGGAGCGUGGAUGAUGGACACUGCCGCUCACGACAAUGAGAAGAUCUGGGUAGCAGAACAUUUCUCAGGACGUAUCAUAAAGGAGUACAACAGUAUCGCAGCGUUCCAGAACAGCAGCAGUGAAUCCAUUGAUGUCCGGAGGUUCUUCCAAGGUUGUGGCCUCGCUGUACAUAACGGCUCCAUAUUCUACCACAUCGCUGGGACAUCCAAUAUUGCUAAGUUUGACCUCCAGACGAAGAUCUUACACACGCUGACCAUUGAAAACGCUUUCUAUCACAACAAGUCGUACCUCCUUGAGAACUCAAAGACGUAUUUCAAGUUGGCAGCGGACGAGAACGGCAUGUGGAUCAUAUUUGCCUCCAGCAUCGACGACAACAUAAUGGUGGCGCGGCUGGAUGAGAAAACCUUCUCCGUCACCGCAUACAUCAACGCCACCUAUCCCAGGACCAAAGCCGGUAAUGCGUUCAUCGCCUGCGGGAUCCUCUACGUCACAGACACUAAAGACACAAAGGUGACGUACGCCUUCGACCUCCUCAAGGAGAAGCCUGUUAGUGUGAGUUUUGAUCUGAGGGCACCUGGAGGGGUUCUGUCCAUGAUCUCCUACAAUCCCAGAGACAAACAUCUCUACAUAUGGGACAGCAGCUACGUCAAGUCGUACCAAGUCCAGUUCCUCUCAGAUGAAUAAUCAAAAAUGAAUGACAUAAUUGGGAUAUUUUAUGUUUUGUUUAUAUAUAUUUACUAGCAAUGUUUCAAGCCUGGGAAGGGUCAAUUGACAAACAUUGCUAAUAAAAAUAAUAUCCACCUUUUUCUGAAUGCGGAAGUCUUGCCCGACUGGAGCAUUUUCCGAGCUGAUAAUACAAUGCACAUUUUUAUAGUUAGUUAUAUUGAAAAAGUUUAAAUUCAGUCAAUCAGUUUUUACCCCAUUUUAACAUGGAUUCCUAUGGAGACCGGGACACGAAAGCACCCAAAUGGAAGUUAGAAUCCUUCAUGGUCGCCGCUCAUCGGUUACUUAAAGGUGGAUAAAGGUGGAUUGAUAAUUAAUUCCUUACAUUUAUAUGAUACAAGUUUGAUUAGAAGGUGUGAUUUCUAUAUAGAUUUUUUAUAAUUUAAAGUCUAACAAACAUCUUUUUGUAAAAGGUUUAGGUUGAAAAGUGAGUUUGCAUUUUCCUUCUUUAAAAUAAACGCCACUUGGUUGAAAAUAUUUUUAUAAAACAGAAAGUUCCGGUCCUUGAUUCUGAUUGGUUGAGCCACGUUCAAAGCUGUUGUAAAUUACUCUACAAACAUAAACCUUUGUUUACAUUUGUGUUGCAACCACAAACUUUUCUGAGGAACUACGUUGAUUGGCAGAAGAAUAAUGUUUGUAUUAACAUCAUUACACAUUAUUUGCUCCGUUUCAUUUUAUGAAACCUUACUACGUAUAUAGAAUAACUGUUUUAUAAAAGCAAUAAGCCCUGUGAGGACGUGGUUUACAGUGAAUUUAUAACAACCAGGGGGCUUUGCAUCGUACCUAACAAUGCCCCAUGGCUUCUUGGGGCUUAUUGCUUUAUUAUACAAUGGAUAGUUCCGGACCUUGAUUCUGACUGGUUGAGCUGCGUUUGAAGCUGUUGUAAAUUACUCUACAAACCUCCACCUUUGCUUACGUUUGUGUGUUGCACAGCAACCACUUUGUUGCAACCACAACCGUUUCUGAGGAACUACAUUGUUUGGCGGAAAAAUAAUGUUUUUAUUAAUUACACUUUUUUUAUUUUGUAAAACCUUACUAUGUAUAUGGAAUAACCAUUUUCUAAAAGCAAUAAGCCCUGUGAAGCCGCAGUUUACGGUGAAUUUACAACAGCUUUGCGUCGUGUCUAACAACCUUAGCUGUUAUAAAUUUACUGUAAACCAUGGCUUCUUGGGGAUUAUUGCUUUAUUAAAAACACAUAGUUCCGGUCCUUGAUUCUGAUUGGUUAAGCCGUUGUAAAUUACUCCACAAACACACACCUUUGUUUACGUUUGUGUGUUGCUCAGCAACCAAUUUGUUGCAACCACAACCGUUUCUGAGGAACUACAUUUUUUGGUGGAAGAAUAAUGUUUUUAUUAAUAUCAUUACACUUUAUUUGCUCCUUUUUAGUUGUGAAACCUCACUACGUAUAUGGAAUAACUGUUUUAUAAAAGCAAUACAAACAGCACCCCUGAAGCUGUGGUUUACAGUUACUUUAUAACAGGCCUAACAACGCCCCUUAGCUGUUAUAAAUUCACUGUAAAUCACGGCUUCGUGGCGCUUAUUGUUUUCAUCUAAUGUAAUGAUAUUAAGGCAUUUUUAAAUUUGACUUUGUGUUCAAAUGGGGGUUCAAAUUUUGGGGCUACCAUAUUUAUUUAUUUAUUUUUCUGUAUGACUUUUACUUUUAUGUGUUAUAUUUUGCUUUUUUGGCUAACACAUGUUUUAAAUGAAUGUUUAUUGAAACAUGCAACAUGAGCAGAGCUAAUUUUUGUGCAAACUGUUUUCGUGAAAGCAUUGUUACAUAUAUUCGUUUACGUAGAAAUGAUAUACUUUUAAAUUUACAAAAGAUUUGUUCUCUUGCUUCAUGAACAAGGCCAAAUGUGUGUAAACAAUAAAUUACAAUUCUAUGUGCAACCACUGCUAUCAGUAUUUCACAGCAUCACUUCAUCAAGACUUUUCAAGGUAAAGUCACACAAAAACCCUAUGUGAUAAGAUUAGUUAUGUGCAUUAAGUAAGGUGAUUUUUAAUUUUCGUGUUGACUUCAUGUUAUAGACGACUGUGUUAGACUGCAAAUAUGUGAUUGUAUAAUUUUAUAUCGCAUGCAUGUUUAUGCUUGUAAGUCCUGAAAUAAACCCUGAAACAUGUUCAUCUGAAAGACACGUGGAGUCGAAACAGUACACGUGUAAUGACUUAAUUCAAAUAAAAAGAAUUUAUUCAACUUACAAAGGUAAAACUUUGACCAUGACAGAACUACCUGUUCCUUCAGAAAUAUCAACCAGUGUUUUUGGGGUUUGCAUUUU